AUGGCGGAAAGAGAUACUCCAAGUAGGAAUACUCGAGGUAGUCCUCAUGCUUAUGAUGGUCCUAGUUUCUCUUUGGGAUUUUCACAACAACAACUUCCAAUUGCAGGAGAAUUUGCUAAAAUUGCUGCUGAGAGAAGAAGCAAGAAGAUUCAUGAUCCAUCAAGGAUGCGUCAACUUCCUCCAACUGAAGUUCCAAAACGGAGCAAGCCAAAAGAUGAUGUACCAGUAAAAAAAGGUUCUAAAGUUGCUCAACAAAAUAAGAGAAAAGUAACCAAGCCUUCUUCAGACGUUAAGGGUAAAAAUGUUGUUAAAGAUGUAGAUCUGGAAGAGGAUGAACAGGAUCCUAAAUUCUAUGUUAGGAGUCAUCCUGAAGAGGCUCCAUCGAUGCAACGGUACACUAAUAUCGAGGUGUUCAAAGAUAUCAAGAGUAAGCUAACUGUUGCACAGUUAGAGAUCUUUUCCAAGACAAUAUUUGGGAAAUUCCUCGGAAUGCAGCACCUGGAGGUUCAAGCACAAAUUUUUAGGUGCUUCAUGGUAAGAGAGCUCAAGGAGAGCACUUCUGAUUGCUUUACAAUUGAUAUAAAUGGUACCGUAUUGAGAUUUACCAUGAGAGAAUUUGCCCUUAUGAGCGGGCUAAAUUGUGUAGCCGAUGAAGGUGAAUUUACAUACGAUGAGGAAAAAUCGAAUAGGAUUAUGGAUGAUUAUUUUGGUGGAACUAGGAGUAAAGUAAAAAGAUUGGAGUUCAUUGAUUGCUUUAAGAAUAAGUGUUGGGGAGAUAAUGAUGAGGACGCUGUUAAGUUUGCAAUUUUGUUUUUUAUAAAUACAUACAUCUUUUGCGGUGAGCCUCGGAAAACGAAUAUACCAAGGGUUCAUUUUGAAGUGGUUGAGGAUGGAAGGUAUGUAGAUUAUCCAUGGGGCAAAGAAGCUUUUAACGAGUUGAUUAGAAGCAUCAGCAAGAAGUAUUCUGCCACAACACAGUAUUAUAGGAUCCAUGGGAUGCCACUGGCUAUGCAAGUUUGGCUUUAUGAGUGUUGUUCAAGAGUUCCAUCGUAUCUCGCUAUUAAAUCCGGAAAUUCCAUUCCAAGAAUGUUGAAUUGGAGGUCCAUCGACAGUCAGCCCAAAUAUAAUAUUUUGAUGGAAGGCAUUUUUAGAGACGGCAAACAGUCGAGCUAUACAUUUGCAAAUACAAUCCCCACUAGCAGUGAGUUGGAGAGCCUCCAAUUGCCCGAUGUUGUUGUCUGUCGAGAUACAGUAGAAAAAAAUGUCUUAGUUGAUGCCAAUGAAGGUACCCAAGUCACAGCUAUGCCAGUGGAUGACUUUGAUGAUUUCAGUACUACUCCCCCCCACCUUUCUAAGGGCAAACAGCAACAACGGACGAAUCAGACAGAUUCUCCACCUUCAAAGAGACGCAGACAACUUCAUACAACAGCUUCCACAUCUAAGAAACAACAAAUCCACACCGAACCACAGACAACUGUGAAGAAGAAUCACAAGGAUCAAAAGGUUGCUCAAAAACCUAUUUUACAGAAGUCUGCUUCACCAAAGUUGAAUGAACAAAUGAAUAGACCCCAAAACACCACAGUCCUACGUGAUGUCCCUACUAGUUCCAUGAAAGAGGAAAUGCAAUUGCUAAGGAAAGAUUUUCAAGUUUUCAAGGAAUCAGUCGUUGGUGAGUUCACAAGUGAGUUGUCCAAGCUUCGAACUUUCAUGGAUGACAACUUCAAGAAGCUAUUUGAAGCAAUCAAGGUGAACAAUUCUGCGGACAAGGCUGCCGAUAGUGAGGCGCCGGAGCAUCAAACUGAUGCUGGGCUACAGUUAACGCCUGAAGAAAACUUACGACAUGAUUCUACCAUUCAAACAUCUCCUCCGAAACAUGAUGAUGAGUCAAUUAAGGGUGUUGGACCAAAGUUACAUGAGGAAGUUCCGAAAAUUGUAGUAACCGCCGGAAAUUUAAGAGCAGAUACACGUAAAGCUUCAUCUGAAGAGAUUAAUCGGGCGGACGAAGGAUCUUUCAAUUCAACAGAGGGAAUGGUCGCAGAGAUGCUCAUUGAGUUGCCUCUAGAAACUCGUGUACCAGAAGCAGGUGCGGGAAUACAACCCGGGGACAUCACUGAUCAUUCAAUUUUAGAGACUCCACACAGGUUCGAUGAGAACAUUACUAAGUCACAAUGGUUGAUCCCUGACGAAAUGUUACCAAGCCAAAUAGGUUCGUCAAGAUUAUCUGUGUUUCAUCAAACUGGUCACAAAGGAUUUGUUAUGCCAGUAAUGUCUGCUGAUAAAGGAAUACAACAGCCAGUGAUUAAUGCGGAAGUUGUAAUUGCUCAACUAGAUGUUAUUCCAACUAGGAUAGUCAAACCUAGUAAAUACUUCAGUUCACCUUACAUGACCAAUUACGGCUCUGCAGAAGCUUCUGAUCUACUUCUAAGGCAUGAUAAAAAAAAGGGUAAGGAAAGCCGUUACAAAAACAAUAAGCAAGCUUUGGAUCCAGAUGACAUCAAUUUUGGCUUCAAUUUUGGUGUGUUACAUGUUGACGACAAAAACUGGUUCUAUCUCUUAUCGAUGAAUGGACAGUCUUGGAAUGAUGAGCAUAUUGAUGUAAAUUUUUACUACUUGCGGACGAAAGGCAAGUACGACAAGGAUAACAGAUUCAAAUUCACAACUGUUGACUGUAUGUUCUUCUCCAAAAUUGAUGAAAUUCAUCGUGCAUAUGCUAAUCCGGAGGGGAACAGUAGUGUUGCCAGUUCAGAGAACGAAAUAUGCGAGUACAUUAACGGGCAUAGGAUGCUGGCUAAUGUGCCAUGGCAUACAGUUGAUUGUGUUCUCAUCCCUGUCAACAUCAAAGAGGAAAAUCACUGGAUCUUGAUUAUAAUGCCAUUCACUGACAGGGAUUGUGGUGUGUAUGUUGCCGCAUUUGCUGAAUACUUUUGUUCUGGACGAGGCGUUCCAUCUGAAAUUGAUGCAGAAACACUACGUAAUAGAUACGGGGCAUUACUAUGGGAAUACGGAUGGCAAAAGGCUGAUUUGAAUGCCUUCAGUGACAAUGAACUGCCGCCAAGACCAGUUAGGCCUGCCAUAGAUUACAAUGCGGUCGACACAGUAGUUGUUAAUUAG